CAAUUCAUUUCAAGUAAAGAUAGAAGCUACUAAAGGAAAACUGGAUAAGCAAGACACUCUCAUGAAAUAUCUCCACAGCUUGAGAUAAAAGAAAAAUGGGUCGGUUGUUACGUCCACAAACUUUUCCAUUUGGGUGCAACUACAACGCAGCGAGUCGAAAGCAUUCAUUCUGCCAUGAAGAGCCAAAUACAGCGAGCUGGUAGUAUACAAGCAACUUGCGAAGCUAUUCACCGAUGGAUGUCAGUGAAGGUGGAAGAUGCCGCUAUCGAGUUUACCCGAGAAUGCGCCAAAAUCGAUUACCAUGUAGCAAAGGGCCAUAUGGAGCAGCUUCUUCCUCUUUUUAAUGAAAUAUCUCUCUUUGCCAUCGCGAAAAUCAAGCAAGAACUACUCAAGGCUGACGAGCUCGCCAUUGACCAACGAUGUAUCCCCGUGAUUACUGAUGAGUGUAACUGGUGCAGCAGUAUGGUAAACUUCGGUCUCCCCUGCUGUCAUAUACUGACCGGCCGAAGUACCAUUCCUCUCUCUCUCAUUUCUCCAAGGUGGUACUUGCAUCAAGAUGUGAUUACUGGCCUCCCCGCCACAAGCACGACAAAAUCUGCUAAUGUUGAAUCGACAUUUUUUAUUGCUGACUUGUAUAAAUUGGAAGCCAUUUACGAGGCAGCUUUAACACAACAGGAGAGAGACAAUGUACACCAGCUUGUGACGAACGCCAUUGUUGAACUCUCUACAGAGACGAUAGCCAAUCAGCUCAAGUACCCGGCCAAACCAAAGACAAAAGGCAGACCAACAGGUACAGCAAGGCUACCAACAAGGGCUGAAUUUGCAGAAAAGGAGGCGACACUCCGGGCAAGGAAGAUGGAAAAAGCUAUGCGCAACAAAGUGAAUGACGAGGUAUCUGUCACUUUAUCACAAAAGCGACACAGCCCUACUGAAAACCCUUCAAUUAACCAAGAAAGAAUUACAAUGCCGCUAAGGAGCCAAGAUCAAUCAUACCUGCGACUGAAGUCGUCAUAUCUGCAAAUGAAGUCCUCAAUCGAAAGGUGAAAGCCAGUGUAUGCAUUGUGAUUUUGCGUUAUCUAAAGUGUUAUUUUCUUUUUCUUUAGUAUCAGUAUAUCUUACAUUUGUGCAGAUAUCAAAAGGGAU